GUAGCUUCCUCAGUCCCGGGAGAAGAUAUGCUGGGGGCCAGACCGGACUCAGCAAGGGAGGUGCUGGCCGUCCUGGGGGCUCGGCUGAUCAAGGGAGGCUUCUUGGGGGAGGAGCCACUUGUUCUGAGCCUCGAAGGAGCUGGCAGAUGGAGGAGGUGGGGGUGAGGUCCCUGUUGGCAGAAGGAGCAGCCUGUGCAAAGAGAGACAAGAGAAGGAGAAACAUUGGCUGCCUCUUGCUCGUUCCCAACUGGGGACCUGGCCUACAACCCAGGCAUGUGCCCUGACUAGGAAUCAAACCUGCAAUUUUUCGGUUUGCAGGUCGGCACUCAGUUCACUGAGCCACACCAGCCCGGAAGGAUUUCAAGGAAGACUUAUGUUUUAGCAAGACACCCCCCCACCACCACCACCUGCUUGCUCUGAGGAGACAGGAUCCAAGGGUGGCGUUUCUGCCCCUUCCGCUGGCUCUGCAGCUGGGCCGGCCUGACCUAGGGAACGUGGGGCCCAGGACUUAGUCUGGUCCUAGUUUCCUGGGUCUUGAAGCUCAGCUGGUGCUGAGCCCCAGAUGCAGAAGCCAGGGCCUCUGGACACCCAGAAUCUGCCUCCAGGCUUCCCAGGAGACCUUCAAGCCUGGCCUGCUCCUGGGAUCUGGGAGCUGCCCCCACCUUGGGCCCUUCUGCCCAGUGAAAGGGCUCCUUGGACGGCAAUCCCGACUGGCUGGUUCUGAGGAGCAGGGAGUCCGGCCUCUUCCCCCAGGGUGCAAACGGACCUGGGCCGGCCGGGGCUCCCCACCCCUGGGCCGUGUGGCUGAAGCUGCCCGGAGGCCCGAGGGAGAGGAAGGGCUGCUGUCCAGGGCUGGGCCUCUUCAUCCCCAGCUCUUCUGUUGCUAAGAUGCCCACACCCGAGAUGCUGACCUCCAGGCCGGAACUGCAGGGCUCCAAGGAGCCUGGGGAGCCACAGACCCCAGUGAAAGGCACACGGCGGGCAAGCAGCAAGGAGGCACCCAGCGCCCACCAUGAAGACGCGAGGCCAAGCCUGGGCACCCUCCGGCGGGCUCUCUCCCGGGUGGGCCAGCGGGCCUCGGGCCGGGCCUCGGAGGAGGACCCCGGCCUGCUCCGACGCAGCUCCCGCUUCCUGUUCCGGUCCUUACGGCGCCCCCAGAACGGUAGUCCAGCUGCUGACCACUGUCAGGGCACCGCUGUGACAGGGGCAGGCCACGGCUCAGAGAUGCCCUGUGGGGUUGUUGAUGGUGUCAGCCAGCAGCUGUCCCCCAAGGCGGGACCUGAAGAACUGGAACCUGAGGCAGGCCAAUCUGUGGCGGACCUCAUCACUCAACGGCAGCUGCUGGCGGCCUUUAAACAGCUGCAGCACCAGGAGACGCAGCUAGUGGACGAGAAAGCUUCGCACACCUUCGAGCGGGACCCUACGGGCUUCGCGCGGCGCGCUAUGGACGUGUGCCUGCACUACGAUGGGCUGGGCGCUGAGAUUGGCACCAUUGUGCGCGAGACUCUGGGCCCUGGCGGCGUGGACCCCACCGCGCUAGCCGAGCUGGCCCAGGUGGUGCGUGCGGAAGAGGAGGCCCAUCCCCGGUCCCCUGCCGAUGGAGACUUCCUGCGCACGCCGCGCCGCUGGCGCCAGCAAUGGGAGAAUGCGGUGCGGCGGAGCGCGCAGGAGCGCGUGGGGCAGGUGGGCGUCCGAGGGACCUCGGAGGUGGCGGAGGGCGCAUCGGACCUGGCCAGAGUUCUGGCGGAGCUCGGCAGGUUGGUUCGCUGCGACCUGCAGAAGAUACAGCUGGAGGUGCAGCCCGUUUAUACGGCCGCCGGUUUCCCAGCCUGGGAGACCUACCGGCGCGCCUACCACGACGCGAUGGCCCAGCGCCUCCAAGAGCUGGCACACGAGGCCCGCGGCUGCGAGCAGCUCUACACCCUGCUGGAUUGGGCCGCCAAUGUCUACGGCAGCCCUGAUUUCCUGGGUGCCCCGGACUUGACUCUCUCCACGGAGCCGCUGCCCCCGCUCCUGGCACCCGAAGUGUGGGCCCAACUGGAGAGCGACUACACCAGCUUCCUAGAGACCAAGAUCUCCAGCUGCUUCGAUGGCAUCCUGCAGCUGGAACAGAGCCUCUGGGCUGCCGCAGAGGCCCCUGAAGUGCUGCAGGGCCGUUUCCACACCCAGCUGUCCACCGAUGUCCACAUGCUGGUGGCAGAGCACGUGAAGGCGGCGGGAGCCAUCUCCGCGGAGCUGGAGGCCACCACCUUGCGGAUCUGCGCGCGGGAGCUCGGCCUCUUCCUGUGCAGGUUUGAAAAGGCUUUUCUGGAGUCGGGGGCGGUGACGGAGCCGCACCUGGGCGCCAACAUCAACGCCUUCGAGGAACUCAGGACCAGUCUGCUGGCCAGGUACCCAGGAACCUUUUCGGAGCUGGAGAAGCCCCUGGCAGCUGCCACCCGUGUCUUCCAGAAGCGGCUGCUCCAGGGUCUGCAGCGUGACGUGCAGCCACUCUUCAGGGUCCUGUGCACCAAGGCCUGGCUGACACAGGACUCGCUGCAGCCCCUCAUGGACAAGGUAGUGGCCUUCGCCCACCACUUAGAACAUGUGACCCCACUUCGUGCACAGGAGACUCUGCAGGAAGCGCACCGUUAUGUGGUCCGAGAGUACAUUGCGCAGGCGCUGAGGCCACGUGAGAGGUUCCGGGGCGUCGAGCGCAAGACUGGCUCCCAGAAGAUGAGCCUGGAAGCCCAGGCCAUUGGCAACACCUUCCAGGGCUUGGGCUCAGAGGCCGCGUGGCUGGACCAAGCGAUCCUCUGUGUGGCCGACAUACUGGGCGAGACUCGGAAAGACUACAUCCAGCGGCACCUGGAGGCGCUUGUGCGGAACUACCCCGACAUCAGGCGUGACCACGUGCUGGCCAUUCUGGCUAUGCGCCGCCUGGGCCGUCACCGGAACCAGCGCCUCUUGCAGCACACCCAGGACCUGCUGAAGGCCGCAGCGAAAGCCAGGGCCUCGGAGGCCUCUGGGGGCCGAGUGCUCUUCGAGGAGAUCGAGGUGCCCGCCUCUGUGGAUGUGCUCCUCACCUGCAUCUAGGGCUCCUGCACCUGUGGGGCUGGCCUCGGGUGGGGGCUGCGGCGGGCGCAGGACCGUCUGCCAGGCACUGAGCCCCAAGCCAGGAGUCCGGGAGGUGCCCUCCAUCGCCCUGCCCCCAACCUGACGCUUCGGAGUCGUGGAAUUCUCCUCCUCGGCUGAGCGUGGUUUGGGGCCAGAAGGAAGAGCAGUGACAGAGGCAUUUCAGGCAUCUGCGGGGGGGGGGGCACUGGGGGCUGCGCAGAGGCUCCCCUGGCACUGCCCACCCAAGAAGGCCUCCACCCUCCUGCCCAGCACUACCCCCAGUCGGAAAGUGAAGAGCAGAGUAUUUAAAAAUAAGCAGGAAUGUAAAUGGUGUCCCCCUCAGGAGGGGCAGGGCCAAGCUGGCUGGGAGCAGGAGGCUGGGCUGGAAGGUUCUGCGGUGACCCAGCUCAGUGGUGGCCCUUUCCUGCCCGCGGUGCCAGUGGGCAGGUUGAGGCAGGCCCAUAGCUGAGAAGGCCCAUACCUGCGGCCACAGAGCAAAGCAGGCUUGGACCCUGCAGUUGCGAGUCCACUGGCCUCUUGUGCUAAGCGAGCCUCGCCUGGCAGGGAUGGGCACUGCUCUGUCCUGUCCUUGCUCUGCAGCGUCAGGUAUUUGGGUGAGGUGUGAGAGGGACUUCCCAGUUGUAAGGAUGCUGCUGUGCGUGUGAAACCCAUGGUAGGGCGGGAGGCUGGCCCUACAGGUCUCAGCUCUGGAGGUGGGGCUGCAAGGAGCUCGCUCCAGCACCUGCAACCUCCCCCCCCCCCCAUCCUUCUCUCACAAAGACCUGGCAUUGAAAUUUGACUCAGCCUUCAGGUGAGGCGGGCUGGGAAACGCUUUUGCUUUGGGAAUCGGGGGCUCAGCAGGGAACUGGGUGCUGAGGAGAGAGGUUACAAGGAGGCACUGAGGCAGCCCUGGGUGCCUCCCUGACACCCCUUUGCAGAGGCCCCCUCUUUCUUGCUGGGCCUGUUCCUGACCAUGAGGAGCAGGCAACUGCAGGGGGCCAGGGUUCGAAGAGCCCAGUGAGGCAGAGUCUCCUAUGCACAGGGCAAGUGUCCUGAAGGGCUGCUGGGCGGGCCGGGUGGGGGACAUGUGUCUCCCAGCUCCCCCAGGCCACCUCCCUGCGCUGUCAGGAGGCCUCUGUCCGAUUCCCUCCUCCAGGGCUGGGAUGCAGAGCCAGGACUGAGUCAGUCCUGUUGGGGCCCCUGCAGUGUUCUGGGACUGCUCCCUCCACCGGUGCACAGGGGCUGGUGGCGGAGAAAGAGAGGGGGGUCCAGACCGCCCUCAGUGGGGGACCUGGCAGGGUGGGUGGGGCAGGAAUGAGGAAGAGGAGAGGUUGGGGUUCCCAGGCUCUAGCGUUGCAGUGGGGGCAGGGUGCGUGUGGGAGCCGCCGCUGACAAGCAGUCCUGCGUCAAUGGGGACACCGGGGCUGGCAGGGCGGGGAGGUUGGCCCUGCCUUACAUCAGGGCCCCCAUGGGCACACGCAGGUGGCCCGGGAUCUUCAGCCACGGAGGGGAGGUACCAGCGGGGUCCCUCUUUCACUAGAGAAGGCAGGGGACUGUCCUGUCUCCCGGUCCCAGUCCGGUGCUGCGGGUGGCAGUCAGCGCCACCUCCGUGCCUGUGCAGCCUCUCCCUCUUCCUUCCUGGCCUGUGACCCAGGCUCCUCCCUUCCGGGCCCUGGCCCUCAUGGGGCCCCUGGACUUGGGAACAGCCCUCUCAGUAGGAUUCGGUCCUCGAAGGGCCCCUCACCACUGACCAGGAGGGGAGAGGGGGCUGCCUGGUUCCCAGGGCUGUUUGCCGCCCCCAAUCUCACUUCCUUCCUUUGCCACCACAGCAGACCAGGGGGCCCCGCCAGAGUCAGCAUCCGUCCAUCAUCCGUGCAGAGGCCUGGGCGGAGGGAUGGGGACCAGGCUCCGGGUCUGGGGUAUCGAGUCCCACAAGAUGGCAUCACAGGCCCCUUCCCGGACUAAUGGGGGGGUGGAGUGCCGGGAGUCAGGAGCCCCAGAGGUGAAUGCCACCAGGGCCACAGCCUGGCUCAGGGUCUGGACUCACCAUCACGAAGGCCCCCCCACCUCUUUCCCGGGCGGCUGCCCACCUGCUCACACACCUGUUAGCAGCUUGUGAAGGGUUAAAUGUUCUCUUUUGUAACUUCAACAAUGCUGUGGAUAGUGAUUCAUUAACUUAGUUCAACAUUACAAAGGUACAAAAAGGGUGUAAGGUGAAAAGUCUCCUAGUUCCCCUUGCCACAGGGUUCCUUCCUCCCAGGCCAGCUGAGCCUGUUAAAAGCAGAGCUUCCCCAAGGAAAACCGAGGAAAACUGGGGUGGUAGAGCUCAGGUGUGGGCGAAGAGCCCGCGUCUGCUGUGGCGGCCGGGUUGGGGGGCAGCCCUUCUUGAACCCUGUCAGAACUGAGCUCCCCAGACGGGACCUUAGGAUCUGAAGAAAGAGGGGUGUCGUGAACAGUCCCGCCACCUCGGGUGCCCCCGCCCCUAGAUUCUGCUGGGUGUUUCCGCUUCCUUCCCGUGCAGGGUCCAGCAUGAGCUUCUGGAUCCUCUGGGUCCAGGCACCUCCAGGCUGGGACGCCAGCUCUGCGCCUUCCUAGCUGCGUGACUUUGGGCAAGUCACUCCACCUCUCUGGGCUCUGUCGCCCGCCGUAAAACCCCCAUUUCCAGGAGGCAGGCCGAGGCCCUGGGGGUGGAGCCAAAUGUCUAAAAACACAUUGGUGAUGCAGCUCCCGGGGACCAAGGCCCCACCGUUAUGCCUUCUCCAAAGUCCAGACGCCCAGCACACACGCGUGUGCCUGUCGGGGGAGGAGCGUGCACACCCAGGCCCCAGGAAGGGGCAGGCCUCCGGGGGUUUGGCAGCCUCCCUGCCUCCCGGCCCUGGCCCACUCGGCACCACAAUUCCCUGGAGAAUUCCCCCUCCGUCCGUCAUAGGGUGGAACCCAGUGCAGAGCGAGUCUCCACAGCUCUUUUCCUGGAAACCAUGCAGGCUACAAGAAGGGUCUAAAGGCAGCCCCAGGCCUGAGGGGCAGGAACUGAACUGGCCAUUUUGCAUUACCACCAAAAGCCAUUGUGAAAGGCUGGGCCCUUUUAGGGGAGAGUCCCUGAUGACCUGGAAGGGCAGCUCCUCCAGGAAGCCCUCCUGCACUGCGCGCCUUAGCAGGCUCCUGUAUCGGAGUCCUAUUGCCCCAUGGACUCCGGAGAAGCCAUUUCCCCUUAGCGCCCAACUUCCCCAUCUGCCAGACACAGAAGGAAGUGUGCAGCCCCCUCCCUGGAGAAGGGCAGGGGCUGUUGACAAGUAAACACCUUCUUGUGGGGACGGUGCCCUCGUGGGCAAGGGCGCCCGGGCGGCUGGUUCCUGGUCAGCUGCCCUGGCCAUCCCGUGGCCCCCGGGCAGAUCAGCUGACUUUGGCCCGGGGCUGGUGCAGCCGCAAUGGUCCUGUCUAUGCAAGUGAGUUCUCCCAGGCCAGGUCCAGAGGCAGCGGGGACCCUCUCCUCAGGGCCUCAACCUGUGAGCUGGCUUGCCCUUCUCAGAAUCAGUCUCCUCAUCUGUCUACAGGGACACAAUGGCUGUGCCCAACACAGUUAGUGAGUGGGGCAACCCUUGGGGACAGGGGGCACCAGGACGGCCUCCCCCAGGUCGGGGGAGAAGCAGGACUGGGGAGUGCAAGUCAUCUCCUGGAGGGAAGUGGGCCCAGGCCCGGGGGCGGGGCUGGGGAUGUCCCCGAGUGCCCUGGGCUGCUGGUCGUUGGGAGCCCACCCCACGGGCAGCGCCGGCCUGUGACCAGGGCCACUGGGCAGGUCCUGCUGGUGGAACCAGGCCCAGCGACCCUCAGCCCCUUCAUUCCUGUGAGACGCUUGUCAGCCUGUGCACCUGCCGCCCCCCCCAACGUGCCCCCUCUGCCUUCCACUCCCCCUGUUCGGGGGAGCUCCCCCCAGCAAGGGCGGAUGACACCACCCCAUGUGGCUGGGCUGCCCCCGAGGGGGAGGGGGAAGACCCAGUGAAUAAACAAGGUUAUAAAAUAUUGGGAAAUCCUUUUGUUUUUCCAAACAUGAUAAUAAAAUGGAGGGC